CACAGCGGGGACCGGCCAACACGUGAAGUUCCGUAUAACGUACACCGGCUUUUAGACGUGAUAUAGAAAAAUGUCGCGCGGAAUGAACACAGCAAUACUAAAUGCAAAUUUCGGAUCUUGAAGGAGAUGCAUAGUAACAUAUGAUAAAGUCAACAUAAUGGAUAAUUACUUGAACUGGAACAGAUAUUACAGUGCUUAUGGGGGUCCUGCACCAAGACUGGGUGCUGGAUUAAGACCAGAAAGCGGACCUUCACCUGGAAUGGGAUUUGGACCUGGUUUGGGUUUUGGACAGCAGUUUGGUCCAGGAAUGACUCCAGGUGUUACACCAGGUCAAGGCUUUGGACAGAAUUUAGGACCAGUAUUUGGACUGGGAUUUGCUCCAGGAGUUGGGCAGUCUCCAAGAUUUGGACAAGAACAAAGUUUUACACAGAACUUCGGGCAAGCUCCAGGAUUUGGGUCAAACUUUGGACAAGGAUCAGUGCAGCACCUAAGACCAGAAAUGCUACAGGGACCUGCACUCUUAUCAGCAGUAACAACAUUGCCUGUAACUGCUAGCACUCCUGGGACUUUUGAGGGUAAUACCAGUGGUAUUCCCAAUAAAAAACAGACUGCUUCACAGAACAACCCUUCCCUACCACAAAAUACGGGUGCUGGUGGGCAGAUUUCUAAGAGCGGUCAGCUUAGCUUCAACUCUGCCUCAGUGAAUGUUUCAAAGUGUAGUAAGGAUAAGACUUGCAGAGUGGAUAAACAGUACAAGAAGGACUUGUCAGAAUCUUGUACAACUAAAUUGAAAACCAUUGAAAAGAAAUCAGAAACCAAGAAAAACAUUUUGUGUGAAAGGGAAAGGAUGUCAUUGCAGAAAAGAACAGAAAGUACUAAAGCAGAUGUAGGUGAAACAUUUCAGAGUGAUACGCCUGACAAAAUAUCUAACAAACUUGAGAACCCGCAUUAUAUUGACAAUAAACAAGAAAUGGAGAAUGAAUUGAAUAUGUAUCAAACUAAAGAGUGUUUAACAAAAAGUACCAGUGAUGUUAGGGAAGAUAUAAAUGGUAAAAUUGUCACAGGGGAUAAAGAUGAAAUGUCAGUAAGUGGGUCAGGAGUUGUAAUGGAUGAAAACAAUAGUGCAAAUAAAGUAGAAGAGGACAGUAAUGGGCAGGAUGAAAGUAGUAGUAGUAGAACUCCAUCACAUUUUCAGUUGGCACUGACAAAGGCUUUAGAUGCAUUAGCUCAUGGGAAGUUUGGGUCAAGUGCGGCGGAACACACAAACUUGAACACUCUGCCUCCAAAUGUGGUCAGAUCUUUGUCAUUUGCAGAAACAUCAAAUUCACAACCAACAAUAUGUUUGGCAUCAGAUCCACAGACUAUGAACACACAGUUAUUACAAAAGGAACUUUCAGGUGAUGUCUCAGAAAAACAAGCAUUGGUGUUGAAGAAAAACGAUGAUGUUGCUAAAGAUGAUUCAGAGGAUAGUGAUGAAGACCCAGGGUAUGUUCAGUCCCAACUGUAUAUUGGUAACCUGGCUGUCAACACUUCGCAGAAAGAAAUACUGAACCUGCUAAAGGAGUAUAAAGUACAGCAAGUUUGGAUGGCUUAUCAUAAGAACAAGUGUGGUGAUAUUUGUGCUUUUGUGAAGGUAUCCUCACUAAAGGAGACGAGACGUAUUGUGAAAGAGAUGGAAGAGGCAUUUCUUAGAGGAAAAAUUCUUACUUUACGAUUUGCAGCAGCCACUGACUUUGAUGACUAUGACAUCAGAAAACCAAGUGCCAAGUCAUUGAAGAACAAAGAACUUCCACAAAGUCUAUCGGGCAUGCAGGCAUCAAGUGCACAUCUUAUUGUGCCUGUUCAUUCAUCGUCCACAGUUCAGACGCGAGCAACAGUCAACACAGUAACAACAAGUUCCACACAGAUUGUACCACCUACACAGGAGACGAUGGAGUACCCAACCUCUGAAGGGCUUUUACCAGAAGAAAUGCAUGGUACAUUCCAGACGGGGACCUCAACUGCACCGCAGUUACCACCCAAUCUACAGUCCCUUGUUUCAUCUUUAUUUAAGAAAACUUCAAAUAAUUCAGCAGACGUUACAUGUAAAGUGACGUCUGCUCAACCAUGCCAUCAGGCUGCUUCCAACCUGUCAUCAACAGCCCCUUCUCAUCAGUCGCCUCCAAAGCAGUUUUCAGAUCUGCCUUUAGCAGGAAAGAAAGAAACAGAUCUAGCUAUGCCUCUUCACCAGACAUCAACUCCUCAGCAGUCUGGGACAGUUAGUACAAAUCAGUGCUCCCCAGAUAUGCAGUCUUGGGCAGCACUUACACUGGAAUUAUCGUCAAAAUUACGGUGUGCCACAGCUUUUGCGAGGGGUAAACUAAAUGAACAGGUCACAAAUAAGUUUCCAAAUUCAUGUAAUGAGGAACAGCAUAUGCCGGAGAAGGAUCUGGUUGUAGAGUCCCAGUCAACAUCAAUGCACCAGGAGUCGAAAUUUUUACAGUAUACCCAAGCAUUAUGUCCAAAUGCUCCUUUAUUAGGAGUGAAAUAUGUUACUGAGUAUUUAGGUCCAUCAAAGAGUGUCCAGUAUAUCUGUGGACUAUGUGGAAGGUUGUUUCAAGGUUCCGACAUAGCUAGCCACAUUGUUAGCUUUGACCAUAGGAUGAACUUCUUUGUAAGUACAGAGAUUUUUACUAAGCACUUGUCGAGUCAUACAGGGUUCCAAAUCGUAAAAUGUCUGUCUGAAUCUUAUUAUAAUAUCUAAUCAUGGCAUGAGCGC